AUGGCCAACUCAGCGGGCGCAACGCCAUCGCGCACCCUGCAGCGGCGCUUUAAGGGAUGCAGCAAAAUCGCCGACUAUGAAAUGAUGAAGAAACUCGGAGAGGGUACUUUUGGUGAAGUCCACAUGGCGCGGCAAAAGGCCACUGGCAGCAUAUUUGCGCUCAAGAAGAUUUUGAUGCACAACGAAAAGGACGGCUUCCCCAUCACAGCGCUGCGAGAAAUCAAGCUGCUGAAGAUGCUGUCGCACGAAAACGUCCUAAAGCUCGAGGAGAUGGCCGUGGAGCGACCCAAAGCUGAGGGCCGGAAACGCGCCAUCUUAUACAUGGUGACGCCUUACAUGGACCACGAUCUGUCAGGCCUGCUCGACAACCCCGAAGUCCGGUUCCAAGAAGCGCAGAUCAAGUGCUACAUGCUGCAACUGUUCAAGGGCCUGCGUUAUCUCCACGACAACCACAUCCUACACCGAGACAUGAAGGCCGCCAACCUUCUCAUCAACAACCGUGGACGGCUACAGAUAGCAGAUUUCGGUCUCGCGCGCCAUUACGACGAAGCGGUGCCGCAACGGGGCAGGGGCAAUGGCGAAGCCAAGCGCGAGUACACUACACUGGUCGUUACCAGAUGGUACCGGCCACCAGAGCUCCUCCUGCAGCUGAGGAAGUACACCCCAGCCAUUGACAUGUGGGGUGCAGGCUGCGUCUUUGGCGAGAUGUUCAAGCGCAAGCCCAUCCUCGCCGGCCAGAGCGAUAUCCACCAAGCGCAAAUCAUCUUCGAGCUCGUCGGCUCGCCAAACGACACGAGCAUGCCCGGCUGGCACGAACUCCCUGGCGCAGACCCCAUCCGCGCCUUCGCCCCAAGCACCGGCAACAUUGCCCAGCGAUUCCGCGAACUCUCGCCUGUCGGCCUCUCCCUGAUAAAAGACCUUAUGCGCCUCGACUGGCGCAAGAGAAUCAACGCCAUCGACGCAAUCGACCACCCUUACUUCCGCGAAUCCCCGCUCCCCAUGCGCGAAGAAGACAUUCCGCACUUUGCAGACUCGCACGAACUCGACCGACGGAAUGCGCGCGGCCAGAAACAAGCACUCCCACCCGCUCCCCAAGGCGGCACCGUAGGCGGCGGACCAAACGGCGAGUGGACAGGUCAAGGGCCACCCCCGCAAUCCUGGCAACAAAACGGCGAUAGACGAUACAAUGGCGGGCCGCAGGACCGCGGGCCACCGGGCGUCGACAACAGAGGACCAAGAGGUGGCUACGAUAGAAGAAACUACGAACACAGACCCCCGCCACCACCACCGGGAGGUGACAGACGUCCUAACUGGGGCAAUGGUGCGGAGAGAGGACAUAAUGGAUUACCCGCGCCGCCGGCAGAUGGCAGACACCCGCUUCCUCCUGUCCCGCGAUAUGGGCCUGAUGGCGUGGACAGGAGACGAGGGGGCCCCCAUCAAUCCGCUGGUGCUGCUGCUAUUGCUGCGAAUGCCAAUGGCGGCGAUACGUAUAUUCCUAGUUAUGGCGCCGAAGGCCCGCCACGGCGCAGUAGGGAACCUGAUGAUAGGAAUAGAGAGGCCGGAUGGUUCCGGGAGGGGGUUUGCGGCGAGGGAGAGGGAGAGGAGGGAUGGGAGGACGAGGAGUAG